AUGAGUGAUUUACAAUGGAAGAAGCUUAAGGUCUUGGGAGCCGGUUCUUAUGGCACUGUUUAUCUUGCCAUUGUUGUUGAUGAACAAACACUGAAACCUCUCCCGGAGACCGAGGUGAGUGUCUAUGCACGCAUGAGUGUUAAAGGACUUUCGCAUAUUCAUCGCAAAGGACUCGUCCACUGUGACCUCAAGCCGGAAAACAUUCUUGUGUUUCCCUCAUUGGAUAAAGAGAUUGCAAACUAUCAAUUGAAUAUCACGGAUUUUGGAUUAUCGAAGACCAAAGAGGAGGAAGCAGAUGUUGAGUUAUGGAAGUCCAAGCCUAGAGGUACGCUGUCAUACUUGUUGCCGGAAGAAUUUUCCGGUCAUAUUGAUGCUCCGAUGGAUAUAUGGGCACUUGGUUGCAUAGUGAUUGAAAUGCUCACUGGAUUGCCUGCCUGGGGUGAGAGUGUUUUGUAUGAGAAGUAUUUGAGAAUGCAGACGGAACUGCCGGAAGAAGGCGCAGAUGUAACUACUGGAAGAAGGCGCAUACAAGCCAUAGUGACUAUUCCAUGA